CCCCCGGGAGCAGUGAUGUUGGGCAGCUCCGCGCCCGGGCCUGCGGCCCGCGAGGCAGGCUCGGCGCUGUUAACAUUGCAGCAGACGGCGCUCCAGGAGGACCAGGAGAACCAGGAGAACAUCAACCCCGAGAAGGCGGCGCCCACCCAGCAGCCCCGGACCCGCGCUGGGCUGGCGGUACUGAAGGCCGGGAACUCGCGGGGACCAGCGCCGCAGCAGAGGCCUAAGACGCGACGGGUUGCACCUCUUAAGGAUCUUCCUGUAAAUGAUGAGCAUGUCACCGUUCCUGCCUGGAAAGCAAACAGCCAGCAGCCUGCGUUUACCAUUCACGUGGAUGCAGCAGAGGAAGAGACUCAGAAGAGGCCAGCUGAAUCUAAAAAACCAGAAGGUGAAGAUGUCUUGGCUUUUAACUCAGCUCUUACUUUACCAGGACCAAGAAAACCACUGGUACCUCUUGAUUACCCAAUGGAUGGUAGUUUUGAGUCACCACAUACUAUGGAUAUGUCAAUUGUAUUGGAAGAUGAAAAGCCAGUGAGUGUUAAUGAAGUACCAGACUACCAUGAGGACAUUUACACAUACCUUAGGGAAAUGGAGGUUAAAUGUAAGCCUAAAGUGGGUUACAUGAAGAAACAGCCAGACAUUACUAACAGUAUGAGGGCUAUCCUCGUGGACUGGUUAGUUGAAGUAGGAGAAGAAUAUAAACUACAGAAUGAGACCCUGCAUUUGGCUGUGAACUACAUUGAUAGGUUUCUUUCAUCAAUGUCUGUGUUGAGAGGAAAACUUCAGCUUGUGGGCACUGCUGCUAUGCUGUUAGCCUCAAAGUUUGAAGAAAUAUACCCCCCAGAAGUAGCAGAAUUUGUAUACAUUACAGAUGACACUUAUACCAAGAAACAAGUUCUGAGAAUGGAGCACCUAGUUUUGAAAGUCCUUGCUUUUGACUUAGCUGCACCAACAAUAAAUCAGUUUCUUACCCAGUACUUUCUGCACCAGCAGUCUGCAAACUGCAAAGUUGAAAGUUUAGCAAUGUUUUUGGGAGAGUUAAGUUUGAUAGAUGCUGACCCAUAUCUAAAGUAUUUGCCAUCAGUUAUCGCCGCAGCAGCCUUCCAUUUAGCACUCUACACUGUCACGGGACAAAGCUGGCCUGAAUCAUUAGUACAAAAGACUGGAUAUACGCUGGAAACUCUAAAGCCUUGUCUCAUGGACCUUCACCAGACCUACCUCAGAGCUCCGCGGCAUGCACAACAGUCAAUAAGAGAAAAGUACAAAAACUCAAAGUAUCAUGGUGUUUCUCUCCUCAACCCACCAGAGACACUAAAUGUGUAACAGUGAAAGACUGCCUUUGUUUUCUAGGAUGUAAAUCACUCAAAGUAUAUGGUGUACAGAUUUUAUCUUAGGUUUUAAUUUUACAAUCAUUUCUGAAUACAGAAGUUAUGGUCAAGUACAAAUUAUGGUAUCUAUUACUUUUUAAAUGGUUUUAAUUUGUAUAUCUUUUGUACAUGUAACUAUCUUAGAUAUUUGGCUAAUUUUAAGUGGUUUUUGUUAAAAGUAUUAAUGAUGCCAGCUGUCAGGAUAAUAAGAAAUAAAUUGAUUUGGAAAAUUUG